CUCUUUGAAGGGCCGUUCUUGAGCUCAGAGCAUACUGAGCUGAUGAAACAUGGCUUGAAAGAUGGAUCGGCUUUACAGGGGAGCACAGUUCAUUGGCUCCUAUACUGCCGAAACCUUUUCCUGGCCGUUCUGUUCCAUCUUCAAAAGAUCCUCAUCUCGGCCCCACAAGGAGAGCCAGAAAUUCCAUGAGCUUGCAAUGCCACAGGAGACAGGAAACAGCCAUUCUUGCCUAUCAGCCAGCCCUGAUAUGGAAGAAGAAGAAUUUGAACUCGGUCCCCAGAAGGACCCCACAAGGCAGUCGCCCCUGGACUCCGAUCAAGGGCUGACAAAAGGUCUGAAGGAGAAAGAGCUCACCCCAAAGAAACUGCAGCUCCUUCUGGUGGGGAAAACAGGAAGUGGGAAAAGUGCAACAGGAAACAGCAUCCUUGGCAGGCAAGUAUUUGAGUCCAAAAUCAGCGCUAGACCAGUGACCUUGACCUUCCAGAAAGGGAGUAGAGAGUGGGAUGGAAAGGAGGUUGAGGUGAUCGACACCCCGGACAUUUUGUCACCUGAGUAUCAGCCUGAGGUGGCAGCUGAGAAGAUCUGUGAAGUCUUGACCUCUCCAGGGCCCCAUGUGGUGCUCCUGGUGAUACAGGUGGGCCGGUACACGGCAGAAGACCAGCAAGCUGCCAGGCGCCUCCAGGAGAUCUUUGGAGAAGGGAUCCUGGCUUACACCAUCCUGGUGUUCACUCGGAAGGAAGACCUGGCUGGGGGCUCCGUGGAGGAAUAUGUUCAAGAAAACAACAAUAAGAGCCUGGAUGAUCUGCAUGUUGCAUGUGAGAGGCGACACUGUGGCUUCAACAACAGGGCACAAGGGGAUGAGCGGAAGGCCCAACUGGAGGACCUUAAGGAGAAAAUAGAAUUGGUCUUGUGGGAAAAUGAGGGCCACUGUUACACCAUAAAACUUCCAAAUGUUCCCAGCAAAGCAGUUUAACCACAGAGCAAGGCUCCGAGGAGGAAUCCCUCGAGGAGUCCUGGCUGAAAGGCUGUCCCAGAUCCUGAUGGCUUCCGAGAGACCUGUAGGUUCCUGAUAGGGAGGGCAUCCUGACAACUGCAGGACGACCAUAUGCAGGAGUUUCUUAGUUAGUGUUCUCUUGCUGUGAAGAGACACCGUGACCACACGCAGGAGCGUCUUAGUUAGUGUUCUCUUGCUGUGAAGAGACACCGUGACCACACGCAGGAGCGUCUUAGUUAGUGUUCUCUUGCUGUGAAGAGACACCAUGACCACACGCAGGAGGGUCUUAGUGUUCUCUUGCUGUGAAGAGACACCAUGACCAUACGCAUGAGGGUCUUAGUUAGUGUUCUCUUGCUGUGAUGACCAUGGCAACUCCUAUAAAAGAAAGCAUUUAUUGGGACUGACUUAGAGUUUCAGAGUCUUAGUCCAUUAUCAUCAUGGCUGGGAACAUGGCGGGAAGCAUGGAAGCAGGCAGCAGACAUAGAGCUGGAGGAGUAGCUGGGAGUUUACCUCCAGAUCCACAGACAGCAGUUUGAGGGAAACUCUGGGUUUGGAAUGGGCUUUUUGAAACCUCAAAACCAGCUGCCAGUGACGGACUACAAGGCCACACCUCCUUAGCCUUAAAAACAGUGCCACCCCCUGGUGACCAAGCACUGAAAUCUAUGAGCCCAUGGUGGUCAUUCUCAUUCAAACACCACAAGGACAUUCCAUCAGCAGCUGUACCCUGUGUCCAGCCGUUGUUAUCUGCUCCCUCUGUCUCCAAAGAGAACUUUCCAGUCCUUAGGUCAGACUGCAAGUGUGGCAGUGGGUGAGGACUUAGUUCAGGGGACCCAGCUACAUUCUGUGACCAGCUAUAUCAUUUCUUUCUGACACAUGGGUCCUCCUUACACUUAGCCCAUAGCACAGUGCCCUGACAGGGAAUUUUUCUGCCCCACUGAUAUCACAUUUUUAUGUUCUGUGUCCAAUCUCUGAUACAAACAUAGCUCUUUGCCAUUGCCUGACUCUUUCAUGAAGUUACACAGGUGCCUAGCCAAGGUCAUCAGGGUUGAAUCAACCCAGGGACAGCCAUGGACCAGAUGGUUAUAUAUUUCUUAAGUUUCAUCCUUGCCCACAAAGGGGGACAGACAUUAUGAUUACAAGAGGCCUGCCCUGUGUAAUGGGUAGAAAAUGACAAGACAGACUAGAGAGGCCCAGACCAUCACUUAGGGUUUUCUUCCACGAUGUAAUGUGUUUUCAUAGGCUGUGCUCUGUAACCGUGUUCUAAGCACUGAUGUAAGGUGUUUUCAUAGGCUGUGCUCUGUAACCGUGUUCUAAGCACUGAUGUAAGGUGUUUUCAUAGGCUGUGCACUGUAACCGUGUUCUAAGCACUGAUGUAAGGUGUUUUCAUAGGCUGUGCUCUAUAACCUUGUUCUAAGCACAGAUGUACUUCCAAGCUUUUGAGAGACUUUGCUGCAAUGACCACAUGUGCACUGUGACUAAUUUUGAACCAUUUAUGUCCUUCCUGGGAUGAGGGGGCAGCUAGUGCCUCUUCCGUCUUUUGCGAGCUAAGAACAGUUGGAACAAAUGUCUGCAAGCAGACCACUGUGCAAGUUCAAACCUUGCAGCAGAUCUGAAGGCAGAGAGGAUAUGGCAGAGACUCCAAGGAGUCAGAAAUCUGAGGGAGCCAACCCAGAAACCUUGCCUGUGUGCUGUCUCCCUGGGCUUCACCAUAGGCUUCCAAUAAAGUCAUGUUCCGUGGGUACCGCUCGCCUCUUUGUGAUUUUUGUCUGACUUGGGAAAGAACCUUGAACUGAUUGGUAAGCACAGAGGCUCUGAUAUGCAUGGCAAGAUAUAUCCUGGGCUAUGGAAGAAUAU